GUGACCGAUAAAAUAGUUAUUGAAAAAUAGUUUUAAUCUUUGUCGCGCAGAAAAUCUGAGUAUAAUUCAUUAACACUUGAUAAUCUGUGAAAAAAGGACGUGUUAAUCAGAGUGUCAGUAUUUUUAACAAAAUGACAUCAAAAGUCCGACAAAGGACAACGGAAAAACCCAAAGAACAGACACAAAAGCAUAAUGAACAAGGCAAAGAAACAGAAACACAAACAAAGAAGUACUGGGACCCAUUAACUGAUGGAGUCAAGUGGAUAGAAAAAUACUCUGAGCCGUUAGAAAAGUUUUUUGAGAGAAUACCAGAUUUUAUAAGCACUAUUAUUGCCACAUUUGCAGUUUUUACAUUAGGCGCUACAUUAAGAGGAGAAUGGGUGGUCAUUCUCGUAUCAGCGUUAAAGCAGUUCUCCGGAACCUAUACAGAAGACAGGAACGCGACAGUACAAGAUUUCUUCAACCUCUUCACCGAGAGAAACCUGAAGAUGGAGAACUUUGGAGUGAUCUUUCUAGCGGCGCAUACCGUGGCGUACUUAAUGUACUUCCUUAUAGGAGGAUUUCUGCAUUGGUACUUCUACGUUAAACGACGCGACAGCGCUCAUGAAUGGAAAUGCCAACCCACCAAAUGGCUGAGCCCAGAACUUGAACGGCACGAGGUCAUUGUUGGCUGCCUGUCCCUCUUCUGCACUGGAACCUUCUCUGCUCUUCUUGCCACUUACAUUUUGAACGGGAAUCCUUCUACCGUCUACUAUAAGUAUGACGAAUACGGUUGGUUGUGGUUCUGGUUGCAGUUCCCUGUGAUAUUUAUUUUGAAUGACUAUCUGACCUACAUCAUGCACCGCAUGUACCACACUCCGUUUCUGUACAAGCACUUCCAUAAGCUCCACCACAAGUACAAGCAGCCCACGGCGUUCUCUGUCACCGCUAUCCAUCCUGUUGAGAUCAUACACAUCCAGUUGACGCUGUGCUUGCCUCUCUUUACGUUCCCUGUACAUUGGAUUCCAUUCUACGCUGUGGCCCUGUACACGUUCUACCACGGCAUCAUCGACCACUCCGGUAUCGACUUCAAGGCGCAGUGGUGGCAGCCCUGGCAGCCUGACGCUGCUUUCCACGACCAGCAUCACGAGUUCACGCACGUCAACUUUGCUUUUAAUAUCCAGUUUUGGGAUAGAUUACAUGGAACUAUGAGGAAACCCAACAGAGUGUACACAGAAGAAACCUACCACGGAACAGCUCCUCUAGAAGGAACAGAGGAAGCAAAGGCCGUUCUAGAAGCUGAAGCGAAAGAACUUGAGAACGAGAACGCUGGCAAAAGCAAUCUUAAUGCUUCUUAAACUGACGCUUUUGAUGACACGAUCUAUUUGAGUAAAGAAAUGUUCAUUUAUUAAAAGCAUGAAUAUAAUUCAAGUAAUAAGGAGCACAAAUCUAAAAAUGAAUAUAAUAUAUCAGUAUUUGUGCAAAUAUAAACAACGCUGUGAUAAUUGUAAAAAUGUUACUUUCAUUGCUUACUUUUGAUGCAAACAUGAAAGCAUUAAAUGUAUUGUAUUUAUGAUACAUAUCAAAGAGCCAGAACAAAUAUUAAUUACAUUAAAAUUAAGUCAUAAGAUGUAUAAACUAAGCCGCGAUAUCUAUUAUCUAAAAUGAAACUUGUGUACAAUAAUUAUGACUAAAUUUAUCUUCAUGACAAACUUUCAAUGAGUCUGAAUUGAAAUUUGAUCUUAAAUUUAAAGGAUUGCUACAUUUCGAUGAUAAAUCUUCAUUAAAACUUAACCCAAUGUAAACUUGGGAGGCUGUUUAUAUCUGGUAAUUUAUUGUUAUUAUUGUAAAUACAAGUUAUGACUUUA